UGAAUUCAAAUGGUACAUUUCUUAAGCAAAAUAGUGAAUUCAUGCUUUGGCUCUUGCUUGAUGCUGUUUAGAGGUUGCAAGUUUUGAUAGAUAAGUGUGCCCACUACUUUUUAAAUGUGAAUUUUAGGAUAUGGGAGGUGGUUUAGAUAGAUGUGGUAUGAAUAAUCAGCAUGGGCUGAUUUUAAAUUAGAUCUUAAUUACUUGGCUAAGAAUUUGCGAUUUUGUGAAGAUGAGAGAUAUGGCUAGGGCUUAAAGCUCAUCUUUACUCUUUAGCCUCAGAAUACGGUCAGGAUAAUACCUCAACUCCGAUAAAGUUUGGGAAAGACAAGGAAUAUGAGUUUGGUACAGCGUCGACAACUGCUGGGUCUUCAGCUAUACAAUGAAGUGAACCCAGAACUGAUCCAGUAAAAAGGUCGAGGAGAAGAGUUGUCAAAGUUUGUAGCUUAACCGGGGAAUCUAGUCUUAAAGUUAGAAGAAUCCAAUUCUCAGAUCCAUCUGAAGACAAAAUCUCUUUGAAAUCUGCUGAUAAUCCUCAGACUUUAGUGAAUGAGGAGAAAGAGGAGCUUCAUAAAGCUGAAGAGUCUUCCAAAUGCUCUAAAAACAUGCCAGAUCCUUCAUCCACAAAGGAUGUGGAUCCUGGCUUAGAUUUCCAAAAGCUGGAAAAUUUUGGAGGAAUAGAACAAAAAAAAACAAAAAGGUCUCUAAACCUUCAAAGUACAAGAAAAUUUGUCCCUAAGACAAAGCCCAUCUCAGUUAUUUCCGAAUUUAAGCUUGAAUUUAUACUCAACUCUGAAUUUACUUUGAGUCUAAAAGUCACCAAAGACUCUAACCCAUUCAAGCUAGCCGAAUACAUCCUAAGCCAGAUGGAGUUUGCGAACCAAGACUACUUUACUGAGUCAUCUUUGCACCAGAUGGGACUUCAGAGUAAGUUCCAUACUAAACUACUAAUAAUCGAGUACAUUUGUGAGAAAAUGAACGAUAAUUUUUCUAACUACCAAAUCCCUGCUGGUGGAUUUUGAUAAAACAAAUUUUGUAAUAUCUACGUUUUUGAUAAAAUUU